GAUGACCCAAGAUGGCGGAGCCCGUGAUUGAAAACCAGAUUCAAGAUGGCGGCUUCCGGCUCCCCCCACUCAGCAACGCGCUCUGCCUCCGAGGCCACGCCCACUUCCGGCUCCUCCGCCACAGACAUGGCUGCUUCGGGGACCCUGCUCUCCGUAGGUGUCCGGAGGCUACACUGCAGCGUGUCGGCUCUGGCUGGCAGCCAGUGGAGACUCCAGGCCUGGCUGCCAAUCCUUCCGGCUACGGGCCCCUCACGGAGCUCCCAGACUGGUCUUACGCAGAUGGCCGCCCUGCUCCCCCAAUGAAAGGCCAACUUCGAAGAAAAACCCAGAGGGAAGAGUUUGCAAGACGAGUUGUACUGCUGUCACAGGAAAUGGAUGCUGGAAUACAGGCAUGGCAGCUCAGACAGCAGAAGUUGCAGGAAGAAGAAAGGAAACAGAAAAAUGCUCUUAAACGCAAAGGGGCUUCAUUGCAGAGCUCACUUCCAUGUCCAUAAAAAGCAAUUCCUGUCCCUUUCCUCAGCCUCUCUCUGGCUUUCUUUUCCAUCACCUGGAUGUCUCAUCUCAGACAGAAGAGAGCCUUUGUUUCCUAUUUGUCUUCAGAGCAAAAGAGCUUGGACACCCAGAAGAACAUGCUAUAAGGUCACUGCCUGGGAGGCUUGGCUCAGUGCCCUUAUCCCUCUUUUUAUUCCAGUUCAACGGAAUCUUGUUCUGGAAAUUUGCAGGCCAGAGGACUGUACCAACCUUUUAGCAGUAGCUGUUCUGUGAAUGUGAACAGAAGACAACAGUUUUCCUGGUUCUAACCAGGCAUUUCAGUCUUUUAAUAGCCCAUACACAGCUUGGCCAAGUGCAGUUGGCAUUUAAUAAAUGUUUUGAUGAAAGACUUUC